CUGAAAUGUAUUUAGAGUCUAAACCAAAUUCUUCCCAUUGUUCACACCAAAACCACAAAACACAUGUUUGUGUAUAUAUUCUUUUAUUGUCCUCUAAGAAUUUUAGCACUCUCUAAUUUAGCUGUGUCUGGGGUAUUUAAUGGGUUACUAAGAACUGUUGAGGCAGGGUUGAAGUUGAAUAAUUCUGACAUGAAUCAGAUAAUGAAUUAUUGGUUUAUUGUACCCACACAUCAACAGCCAUAUAAAAAGAUGUCCAAUGCAAGAAGAAAUGAGCAUAUCUGCUGUGCAGGGAAAAGCGGAUACUCAACAUAUCAAGGGCCUACGGCUUGUUUGUUUCAGCAAACAAAGGAGAGACCGCAAUGGCAAUUCUCAGGACUUCACUUUGUGCUUUCCUCAUGGUGACUGUGGCGUUGACCAAACCAAUCUGCCUGAGUGAGGGUGAGGAUUCAUCGGAGUCAUCAGAAUCCAGUGAGCCGAAUUCAUCAGAGGAGACUGCCACCCACGUUGGGCCUUCCCAGGAACCCGUGCAGCCAGCGCAUACAGAGGCAGACAUGCCUAAUGCUACGGAGGGUGCUGCUGUCCUGCUUCCCUCUGCAGAAGCAGGGCAGUCUCCAGCCACCCUGGAGAAGGUCCUGCCAUACCCCGAGGACCCACAAACCUCCACCGAUGCUGACGCGUCGCAACUCAAUCCAGAUGAGCCUUCCCAAACUGCUCUGGGCGUGGACAUUUCUCAGGACAUGCCAUAUUCUGAUCAUGAGCAGGACUCAACCAUAGCUGACACUGUGCACGUGAUGCCAGAUCCAGAGGUCUCACUAGUUGUUAGUGGCACAAAUCAACCUCCACUCACCACCACCACAUACCAAAGAUUCCCCCUGGGAGCCACUCCACCCUCUCCUCCAGACAUCAUCAACCCAACACCUCGGCCGUUCUCCACAGCUCCGUCCCUGACAAUCCCCGUUGAUACCGCCCUGAAUAGUGCCCCUGUCUGUUUCACUUUCCAGUUUUCCACCCCCGAGUCCAAACCCCCUCGAGGAGACAGCAUUUGAUCCUACCAUCCAUUUCACUUUCAUAGUCAUACAAGUUGCUGGUUCUGUCCAUGUUUUUGCUGUACAUAUAGGUCGGGCUGUGUGAAUACUUUUUCAUUCCGUUGCGGCUUGGUAGAAACCUUAUCUCUAUAUUUUGUCAUUUUAAUUUCUUUUCAUGAAUUAAAUUACUUUUUAUAUAGUAUCAAAUCAUAACAGUUAUCUCAAGACACUUUACAGAUUAAGACUGAUAAAUGAAUUGUUUUGGUAACCCAAACUCUUUUUUUCCUUCCAUUUCCUGAAAAGCAACAGUUUUGGACAUCCAAGGUUUUCGUCCAGCUGCAACACAUUGCAAUAUCAAGUCAAAGAUAUCCCCACCACACUGGUAUUUAACUUUCAUUCAACAUGUCCCUCAUUGGUUCUAAUAUUCUUAUAAUGGUGCUAGUGUGCAUGACUGCUUUACAAAUACAAUGGAAAUGUAACAUCUUAAAUGUACUCGUAAGGAGCAGCUAAAAA